UUAUCAAAAAAAAAACCAAAAACUCAUCAAGCAUUCAUGCCUGCAUAUUGGGGGGUAUUAGAUUUGACAAAAGAAAGUCUAGAUGGAAGUGGUUUGAAAGAUCAAGAAAUUCAAAACUUGUCACAAGAUUUUUCAAAUUCAUUGCCUUUAUUUGUUGGUGUUUUUGAGUCUGAUCAUAUAAGAACUAAAUGGGGAGAAAUACAAGCUAUUGCAACAAAUAAGACAUGUAAUGAAAAUGUGAAUCCUUUUGUCAGGGCAAGGAUUGGAAGACGUGUCAACAUGAAAGGGACUCUCACAAGGACUGCAAAUAAAUUCAAAGUUAUCUAUGGUGAAAUUUCAGGAAUUUAUGCUUGGAAUAUAUAA